CCUGAAAGCAGAGGCUAUCUUGUAAAGGACUUGUUUCCAUAUCUAAAUGGAGUAAGCUGCCUUUGUAAAGUCGCAUAAUAGUUGCAUGUGUCAGUUCGCUUAGGUCCAUUGAAUGCUGCCAGUUGUCUCGGCUAUCCUUUUAGGCAGUAAGCGCUGGAGUAGGCAUGUUGCUGGUGUGAUUCAUGAUUGGCAAAGGCAUGCAACGCCGUCAUGUACCGGCGCGCAAACAUGCGCCGAUGGCUUCAGCCAGCAGUUCCGACAUUUUGGCGACUGGAGGUCCAUGUUUCGUAGCAGCAGCGGGAGCGGAAGUGCGGCUCAGCAAUCGGUCGGACUCUUUGGGCGACCUGAAUUGAAGCAGCCACAGGACUGGAAACGCCUCGCGGAUGAAACUGAAGCAAGAUGCGACGAGCUGCUUGCGGAGGUGCUGGAGUGUACGGCGUACGACGGGGUCCGUGUGGUUGCCCUCAUGGACGCCAUGUCAGACCAGUUGUGUCGUACAUAUGAUGCGGCGGAGUGCUGUCGUAACGUGCAUGUGGAUGCGGCAUGGCGGCAGGCGGCGGGGCGCGCGUGUGUGCAGCUGGGAGCCUACAUCUCCCGCGUGAACCACCACGAGGGGCUGUACGGCCGGCUGAGUGAGGCGCUGGAGGUGUACGAGGUGUCGGUGGAGGCACUGGCGCGCAGGGAGGCGCCGCUGCUGCAGCCCAACAGGCUGGCCGGCUGGUGUCCGGAGAGCGUGCUGGUGGCGCAGAGGCUUAAACAGGACAUGGAGCAGGCCGGCAUCCACCUGCCCCCCGACCAGCGGGAGCGAAUGGCCGAGCUGGCGGCGGCUAACGGGCAUUUCGGAGCGGAGUUUAAUGCGGCGCUGACCGACCCACGCCAGGUGGGUCGCGUGUCACUGGGUUUCGGCCGCAGCGCCCCCCUGGACCCCUCCUCCGUGGCCUCGAUCAUGGCUUCGGAGCCCAGCGAGAGUGUACGGCGACAGGUGUAUCUGGCUGCUGGCCUCAGCCCCGACUGCAACCAGCGGUUGUUGGAGGAUAUGAUUGCCGUGCGGAGGGACAUGGCGAGGAUGCAGGGCUACGCCAGCUACGCCUCCCUGCGCACCUGCGGCGGCUCGCUGGCCGGCUCCCCCUCCGCGGUGGUCACCUUCCUGGGGCGCCUGGCGGAGGAGGUGCGGCCGCUGGCGGAGCAGGAGCUGCAGGCCCUAGGCCAGCUCAAGGCCGCCCACAUGCGCAGCGGCGCCUCCUCCCCCUCCUCCUCCUCCUCCAAACACCCCUUUGGCGGGAAAUACGACAUGUACGGCAAGUACGGCAUCGCCCCAUGGGACGUCGAAUACUACGCCGCCCUCGCGCGCCGCCAGCGCGUCACCAGCCCCCCCACCGCGCUCCUCCGCUACACCGCCGUACCCUCCGUCCUCUCCGGCAUUCGUACCCUCCUCGCAAACCUCUUCGGCAUGGACCUCUCCAUCUCCCCCGCCGCUCCGGGGGAGGGCUGGGCUCCCGGGGUUCUCCGCUGCGACGCCUCCCUCCCGCAGCUCGGCCCCCUGGGUACAAUCUACCUGGACCUGGGCGACCGACCUGGCAAGUACCCCUCCGCGGUGACCUUCCCCAUCACAUGCGGACGUCAGCUGCCCGCGGACCGCAACCCCCGGCAGCAGCAGCCGCAGCAGCAGCAGCAGGGGCCGCCCCGGCAGCUGCCAGUGAUGGCUCUGCUCGCGAGCGCCUCGGGCAGGUGUCCCGCCACGGGGCAGCAGGCGCUGUCGUACCGUGAGCUGCGGGUGCUGCUGCAUGAGCUGGGGCACUGCUGCCACAGCCUGCUGAGCAGGACCAAGUACCAGCACCUGUGGGGGACGAGGUGCGCCCAGGACCUGGUGGAGGUUCCCUCGCACCUGUUCGAGCACUUUGCGAGCGACCCACGGGUCAUGGCGGUGCUGGCUCGCGACCGCUCCGGAGCCGUCAGCAAGUCGGACCAGGGCGAGCCGCUGCCGGAGGGGCUGCUCAGGGAGCUCCUGUCCGGCCGCGCCACCACCGCCGCCCUCGAGCUACAGCAGCAGCUCGUCCUCUCCCUGGCCGACCAAUGGUACCACGGGGAGCACCCCCCCGGCCUGCUCGACCCGCCCCCGCCCUCCGCCUCCGCCGCUUCCGGCUCCCUCUCCCUCUCCGACCUGGAGAGCUACAGCAGCAUCAGCCGCGUGGCCAGUCUGCUUGCGGGGGUGGAGGCGGGUGCGGAGGCGGCGGGCCGGACCACCAGCGAGGUGUGGGGGCAGGCGGUGGAGACGGCGAGCAGUGUGCCGUACGUGCCGGGCACGAGUCCGGAGCUGAGGGUGGGGCACCUCGCGAUUUAUGGCGGCACGUACUACGGGUAUGUGUAUGCGCGGUGCCUGGCGGCGCAGCUGUGGCACACGACGGGACUAGCGGAGGCGCCCAUGGACAGGGGGGCGGGCAACCUGCUCCGAGACCGGCUGCUAGGCCCCGGAGGCUCCCUGGAGCCCCUUCACUUGAUCGCCGGCCUCGCCGCUGCCACCGGUGGUGGCACCGGGAGCAGCGGCAACAGCAACGGUGCUGGCAGCAGCAGUAGCAACGGUAACGGUAACGGUAGCAACGGUAAACAGCAGCAGCGUGCGCCGGUUCGGGACCGAGAACAGCAGCGGCAGUUGCAAGCGGCGGAGCAGCAGCGGGGGCUGAGCAGUGCGCUUGGGGAGGGGCGGCUGCUGCAGGCGUUGGCUGGGGGGUACGCGCCGCGGCCGGAUAGGUAUCUGGAGGGGUUGGAGGCGGGGACGGCGGUGUGAGGGCGGACGGGUUGAAGGAGGAGGGCUGGGGGGUGGAAGUGUAGGUGUUUCGUUUGGCUGAGGCCUCGAGGGUUAAGGUGCGGUGAACCGGAGCAUUAACUUGAAUGGGUGGACGUUGAAUGUGGCGGGAGAGGGGUUUGAGGGCUUGGAAAGGUGGGGAGGACGGACAUACGAACAUCGUGCGGUGUGGUGGGGCAGUUGAGUUGCUAGGGCAUUCUGGGAGGUGCAAUCGGGAAGGGGAAGGAAAGCUGAACGCGAAAGAGGUCGUACGGGUAAUGUUGGUGUCUCGUGAGGCAAUCAGGUUUGUGAUCUCUGGACACGCAGCAGGGGGCUUGAGGGCUGGCUUGAACCGGAUAGGAGGGUAGCUUGUACGGGGCUUGGAUGCCCGGUGAGGCGAGAGAGAAGUUGGGGGAGGGGGUAUGCGUUGUCUGGGGAUUGAUCCGAAGAAGCGGCGGAUAGGCGCCCUGCCAUGCCUUCGGUUAGGUGAGAAGAUCUGCUCGUACCGUGCCCUGUUGGUGUCCUGGGGUUCUCGACAUCCGGUGGGAACUGCCCGCUGUGCCAGGCGGCUUGUUUGCCCUCUCAGCGAACGUCGCUCUUGUUCCUUCUCUUUCGCCCAAAUGUGGAAGAUAUGGCGCGGUGCGGUGUUGUUGCGAUGGUGACUACCGGCAAGGGCGCGCGAAGGAUUCCAUGCUAACAAUCCUCGCGGUGUCGCGAUGUAGGGGCGUGCGGCUUUCCGGAUAUUCUUUAAGCGUUUUGUGAACAGCAUUGCACCGACAAAACGCGGUUUGCAAGGGGGCUGGAUGUCUUGGCUGCUUGGUUUCCUAGUCCUAGUCAAUGUUGCUGGGGAGGCUUUGUCAAGUUUGCUGGGGUCCGGAUGGGGUCCAUGGGGCGUGAGCAGGCAGCAGCGGAAGCCGCUGUGGGGUCCUGGCUGACCCAGGUAGGGGACCCAUGGCCUCGUCCUAGUACGCGAGGCCGCGGCUCUUUUCUUUCUUUGAUCCCUCUAGACGUAUACUGGUAUGUAUGGAGAGGCGUGCAAUGGGCUUGUGUGGACCCUUCGUCUCAUAGCGUAGCUUUGUUUGUUUUGCUCGAAAGGAAAGAACAUAUCUGUGCUAGGAUUGAUACCCGGUGAAUCUGUUUGUCCCAUUCCUGGCAAGUAUAUUCUGGUAGUAGUGCGCUCGGGCUGCUCGCCACGUAACCCAACACGUGUAAGAAAACACAUGCAGCAAGGUUUCAUGAAUAGCGUGUCGUAUCUUCGAGUCAGGCGUCAAGGCAUGUACCGGCCCAAACGCCAAUGCGCGGCCAGCUCGGACUACGCAAGCGGUGCGUGCUG